AUCGUCGGUGGACGCUCGCCGUCGAAUCCACCCCGCCCAGUUCGCAGGCAUUGAAGCGAAGUCAUCAGACCGCCAGGUUUGAUGAUCUUCUUAUUAUCGUGGCAGUCGUUCUACCCUCUAAAUAUCAUCUCUGUGCUUUGGCAUUGUUACCUUUCCCAACGAUCGAUUCCUUUGAAGACAGGUUUAAGCAGGCUUGGUUGCGCUGGUGACUGACAAUACCCUUCAACAUGUCAAAAACCGCCACCGAGGCGCGAUCCGAUGCGCUGCAUCAAGAAACGUUCACUUCGGAGCCCUACGAACUCGGCCGUUUAAGUUCAAGCGGUCGGGCGCUCGGCAAUGCCUCACCGAAGAAGGAUGGCCCCGAAGAGCAUCAAUCGUCAGACCUGCCUGACGACAGUCCCCCGCCGAAUGCUCAGGGAGCUAUCGAACGAUGGAACUCGCCGAGGGGCAACAUGGGAAGACUGGGCUUCGCUUUCUUCUCGUUUGCCAUUGCCGGUAUGAACGACGCAGCCGUCGGUGCUCUGAUUCCCUACCUUGAAACCUACUACGAACUCAGCUAUACCGUCGUCUCGCUAAUCUUCCUGACUCCAUUCGCCGGUUACUCGGUCGCGGCCUUCACCAACGCCAGGAUCCACCAAAAAUUUGGCCAGAGAGGCGUGGCUAUCAUGGCCCCUCUAUGUCACAUCAUCACAUACAUCGUCCUGGCCUUGCAUCCUCCAUACCCGGCACUCAUUGUGGCCAACAUGAUCAGUGGUUUUGGAAACGGACUAACUGAUGCGUGCUUCUGCGCUUGGGUUGGCGCCAUGGACAAGGCAAACACAAUUCAGGGGUUCCUGCACUCUUUCUAUUCCGUAGGGGCUCUCAUAUCGCCGCUGAUCGCUACUUCAAUGGUUGUCACUGCCAAGCUGUCUUGGUACAACUACUACUAUGUUAUGGUCGGUGCAUCUGUUCUCGAACUCGUCGGCCUCACCGUCGCCUUCUGGCAAAAGACCGGCGCCGUGUACCGCGCAGAGCAUGCGCACGAGAACGAUGGCAAUGGAGGCGCUGGCACUAGAGUUGCACUCAAAUCCAAAGUCACCUGGCUUUGCUCUGUGUUCUUUUUCGCGUACAUGGGUGUCGAAGUUGGUCUCGGAGGCUGGAUCGUCACGUUCAUGUUGCGCGUCCGAAAAGCAUCUGCCUACGCAUCUGGUAUUUCUGCGACCGGCUUCUGGGCGGGUCAAGCCCUGGGACGCGCUACCUUGGGGUUUGUGACAGAGCGGUACGGAGAAAGGCUAUGCAUCAGCAUCUACAUCGCCAUUUGCCUCGCUCUUCAACUCCCCUUUUGGCUCGUCCCGCAGUUCAUCGUUUCGGCUAUUGCGGUGGCUUUCCUUGGGUUCUUUCUCGGGCCGAUGUUCCCUGGAGCUGUCAUGAUGACAGCCAAGCUGCUUCCGAAGCACAUCCACGUAAGCGCUAUUGGCUUUGCAAUGGCUAUUGGAGGUACCGGUGGAACGGUCUUCCCGUUCAUCAUCGGCGCGAUUGCGACGAGCAAGGGUGUUGCUGUACUCCAGCCGAUUAUCUUGUCGCUUAUUGCAGUCGUGGCUAUUGUGUGGCUCUGCUUCCCCCGCAUCAAGAAGCGGGACGAGAACGUGGUAUCAGAUCUAUGAGAGUCACAUCGAAGUCAUAGCAGGACGCUCGCUUCGAUGGUACAAUUUCUCGUGCAGUUUGUUGCCUGAUCAUAGAUGAAGCUCACAUAGGUAGACGGAAGAUAGAGACAACCGUUCGUUUCACUAUAGACUGCGAUGGGAGUAAGGCUGGGAUAGAAAAUCUUGUUCGGUUUACAGAGUAAACGGCAGAUUUAUAUACAAUGCCCCCAAAUAAACCAGCUCUGGCCAACAGUUUAACCCCAUAUGUGCACGAAAG